AAUAAACAAAAAAAAAUUGAGAUUGACACGGUAUAUAAUAUGUUAUAAUGAUAUAUGAAACUUAGUGCAUUGCAUUUGCAUGGUGGCUCAUACUCAACUCAUGGUGCAUGUGCAUUUGACUUUUGAUUAAUUGAUGAUAGAUACAUGUAACAAUGACCAAAUCAUCGUUUUGGCGAACGAUGGAGCCAUGAAAUUAAAAAAAAGAUUUAUUUAUUGCACUGCACUUGUUUGAUAUAGGUAAACUAAUAUAUUUUUUGUAUAUUCUACAUACAAUAUGAAAUGCAUGACAUAAUUUGCUGCACAAUCAAAGAAAAGAAACAAACAAAAGAUACCGAGCCGGUCCUGUCCUGUGGGAAUUAAGAUGGACUUAAAUAAUUCUCAGAACCAAAGUUAUUGGUUUGUUGUUCGUGAGGACCAGAGCAAUGUCAUUUUUAGUACGAAUAAUGUCAUACAGAAUCCACAAAUUGCAGGACAUGAAACCAGGUAUAUUGUUGAUACAAGUGAUAACCACCAGUACAUACAACUACACAAGCCUGAAAUAGUUGAGCCCAAUGUAGAGCCCGAAGAAACUCCUGCUCCAGUUGACAUUGACAACUUUUGGGACAGACACAAGGUCCAGUUGUUACUCUCCUUGUGGCGAGAUGACCGUUUCAAAGAUACCAACAACAAGGACAAGACUAUGUGGGACCAGGUGGCUGCAGUAGUGGGUAUCAAUGAAGUUGAAUGUAUAAGAAAAUAUAAAAGCUUGAGGCGCACCUAUGCAAGAUUGUUGAAGAAAGCAAGAUUAGGUGAAAAUGUCAAAUGGAUUCACUAUAACAUCUGUGAUGAAAUUUUUAAAGAUUGCAAAACAUUGUCUCCAUCUGCCCUUGGGCCCUGGGAAGACAAAAAGAUAAGGAGGCUGCUUGCACUCUAUAUAGAAAAUCUCCACAGAUUUCGGGACAGAGAUUGCUUCCAAAGGGACAUAUGGAAGGAGAUAGCAUCUGCAUUAAACACAAGUGAAUAUAAUUGUUACCAAAAGUUUAGAAACCUAAAGAGAAGGUAUUUUUCUUGGUUGGACAAGAAAGGGAAUACUGGAAGGCAAAUUAAAUGGCCUUACCUCCAAUACUUUGAGAGAAUAUUUUAUGAUUAUGAACCUUCUAUAUAUUCCUGGGAUAGCAACAAGAUCAAGCAGUUAAUUGACACUUACUGCCAGAUUGCAUAUAAAUUUAGGAGUCCUAACUUCAGGAAAAAAGAACUAUGGAAGGAAAUAGGAGAAAUAGUUGGAAAGAAAGCUAGUGAUUGUGAUAGAAAGUUCCGAAACCUGAAGCAAACUUAUUUUCGAUUGAAGAUGAGGGCUGACACUGGCAGACCUGUGACAAAAUGGAAGUACUAUAAGGAUUUCGAAACAUUAUACAAUAUGAAAAGUAGUAGAAAUGGUGCACCAUUCACCAGAUUUCAAGAUGAAGAUUAUGUGAUACAAAUGUUGACAUUUAUAAUUGAUAAUAUAGAAAAGUUUAAAUGUUCAAAGAGGAAACGGAAGUACUUUUGGAGGCUCAUAGGCCCAAAACUGGGAUUGACAGCAGAUGAGUGCGACCGUAAAUUUAGAAACCUCAAGCAAACCUACAUCAGACUGCGAGAACAAAAAGACCAGAGUGGAAAGUUAAAUAAAUGGCCAUAUUAUUCUUACUUUGAUAAGAUAUUUGAAGAUUGGUCAGCAGAGCAACCAAUCUAUAAUACCGUGGAUGGUAGAAGUGGGGAUUUUGAUAACCACACCAUAUCAGAAAUAAGAAAGGUGAUGCGUGAUAUGCAGGACAGACAUAAUGGAGACAAGUUUAACAAGCUGGUUCAAGCUAUGCAAGACUCCAAUGAUAUUCAAAGAGAGAGGAAUAUAAUUCUGAAAGCUCUUCUGGACAGAAGAUGAAAGAAAUGUGUUCAGUUUAUGAUUAUUUUUUAAUAUAAAAGUGGCAGAACAGAUUUUUUUAUAUUCUCGCCAUAGAAACUAGACUUUGACCCGAUUUGACUUUGGAUCCCCAGACCAUUUAGCUCAGAUCAGAUCAUCCACAAAAUCAAUCACCAAACUAAGAUGUACAACUAAGUCGCGCGAGGUCCUGUGACGGUGUUCAAAGGCGCGCGCGACAUUUUUAGCCGGGGAGGUAUAACGGAGUCUAGCCGAAGAUAUGAAACGAUUUGCUACCUAAUAGGCUGUACCUAGAUCUAGCCGAAGAUAAGCUACACCUACAUGUAAUGUGGACCGGCUGCACUGGGUAUAGCCAAAAAUAAAUAGGCUACAACUAGGUCUACCCGGAAUGAUAACUGCUAUAGGUAGGCAUAGCAAGUUUAGCCAUAGUAACAUUGGUACCUACUUAAACUCAUUCGUUCGACAGACCCGUGAGUUGGGGUUGGUCCCGCCGUCUUGACGCUUACGUUUUUGGUGUAUCUCAGUCGUUCCACUAAAAUAUCCCGUUCCCAAUAUUUAAUCAGAGAUUAGUACCUACGUAAUAAAGAUCGGGUCUAAAAAACAAAGGGCGCGUAAUGUGGAACGAGUGAACAUAAUUUACGCGCUCUUGAUCCCUGUCCUCUUUUCUUCAUCUUUGAGAUCCAUUGAUGGAUGUUUUUGCACUUAUGUCCACGUCAUGUAAUCCAUGAUCCCUGACUUUAUGAAAUAUCAAUGGGCGACACAUGCAAUCUCCUGACAUAGCAGCAUUAUAAUAAGUGUUGUGUCGGGGGUGGUUAUAAGUAUGAAAUAAAAAUAGUAUGAAGUUUAGAAA